AUGCAUCUCUCCGUCGUUGCUGUUGCCGUUUCGGCUCUUGCCAUGUCCGCCCAGGCCGCGGUUGCUGAUGGCGGCUAUCCGGUUUCCUCUCCACCCCCUGAGCCAUCCUACCCAGUUGAGUCCUCUUACUCCGCUGAGCCAUCCAACUCGGCGCCUGGCUACCCGACCGGAAGCUAUCCUAUUUCUUCCGAGUCUGAGUAUCCCACUGAGACCGCUGAGUCCACCGGCUAUCCCACCCACGGGCAUCCUUCUCCCAGCGACUAUCCUACUGAAACUCCUCCCGCCUAUCCCACCGGGGGCAAUCCUACUCCCAGCGACUAUCCUACUCAGUCCCCUCCCCACUCUGAGUAUCCUACUCAGUCCCCUCCUGCCUCGGAGUACCCAACUCCGAGCUACCCGAACACCGUUCCUCCCUACCCAACCGGUCCUCCUCCCUCCAGCGCCCAACCCACUGGCACCGGUCGCUAUCCUACCACCACUCCUCCCGCCCCAACUUACCCACCAGGUGAGGGCGCUGGUUUCUCCACUAGCGUUCCCUUCGGGCUUGGCCUUGCUGCUGCUCUCUUCGCUGCUUUCCUGUAA